GAGUAAGGCUUUGUUGCUGCAGUCUACAGUAGUUGCAAGCACCAUAAUGGCGCUGUCUGGUUGUCCUUUUGGUGUGUUGGUGGUGAUUGUAGUCCUGCUAGCUGGGGAUGUUGUUGUGGCUCAGCGUCAAUGGCUCGGUACUCUAAAUAAAUAUGAUCCUCCUGCACCACUGCCUCAAAAAACCGUGAAAGAUCCGCUUGCACCCGUGGACCAUUUUGAUAAAUGUCAAGUGGCACACAAUGAAAAGAUCUUGUGUGGCACUGUGGAUAUCACCGAUCAACAGUGUAGAGACAUCAACUGCUGCCAUGAUGGAAGGCAGUGCUACUAUGGCAAAGCAGUGACUGUGCAGUGUACCAAAGAUGGCCAGUUUGUGGUGGUGGUGUCUCGUGAGUCCACUUUGCCCCCGGUGGAUGUGAAUUCAGUGACUCUGCUGGAAAUGAAUGACGUUGCGUGCAGCUCAGUUGACGCCACAUCCACUUUUGCCAUCUUUCAGUUCCCCAUGACCCUGUGUGGCACUACGGUCAAGCUGGAGGAAGAUGGCUAUGUGGUGUAUGAGAACCACAUGUCGUCAUCCUAUGAAGUAGGAGUUGGCCCCAGAGGUUCAAUCACCAGGGACAGCCAUUUUGAGUUGCUCUUCCAGUGUCGAUAUUCAAGCACAGCUGUGGAGGCUGUGAUCAUGGAAAUAAACGCACUUCCUCCACCCGUGUCGGUCGCUGCUGCCGGAGAGAUUAGAGUAGAGCUCAGACUGGGCAAUGGAAAGUGUCUCUCAAAGGGAUGUGUGGAGGAAGAGGCAGCGUACAGCUCCUUCUACGCUGCAGCAGACUACCCAAUCACCAAAGUGCUGAAGGAACCAGUAUAUGUUGAGGUGCGCCUUCUCGGGAGGGCUGACCCCAACGUAGUCCUAAACCUGGAGCACUGCUGGGCCACCACAACCCCUAAUCAUCAGAGCUUGCCCCAGUGGGAUAUCCUAGUUGAUGGAUGCCCCUACCAUGAGGACGGUUAUAAGACCACCAUCGUGCCUGUGCGUGGGUCUUCUGGCCUUCAAUACCCAACACACUACAAACGUUUCAUCUACCAGAUGUUCUCUUUCGUGGAUCAAAACGCCUUCAGCCCACAGAAGGACAGGAUUUUUAUUCACUGUGCCACAGCAGUGUGCCAUCAAAGCAGCAUGCGCUCCUGUGAACAACCAUGCCGUCGACAACGUCGCUCUGUGGCUGCAGCAAAGUCUCAAAACCAGGAGGCUCUGGUCUCAAGCAAGGAGGUGAUUCUGACGCCACUGAAGUCUUUCUCUGCUGACGAGCCAAAUAUCUCUUCUGCUCUUAAGAACUGGGAGAGAUGACUAUCUACUGCAAACUGGUCAUGACUUUUAAUAAAGGCUUGUUAAAGCAC